AAGCAAAAAUUAUAUAUUAAUAAUUUAAGGCUAACCAUAAUUUAAAUCUAUACCUCACAAAGUGAACUAGUGGAAUGGUGACAGAUUCUUUCUUUCUUUUUUUUGCCUUCCGAAAAUGAAUAAUUAAAAUGUAGUCGAACUGUUUUGUUUUGUCAUUUAAAUCGGAAACCCAGUAUAGAUUGGGAUUUUGUCAAAUCCAUCAAGGGAACGUACUCUGUUCGGAUUUCUCAACUAGGCUAUAGUAUUGUAUUGUAGAUCAAGCUGAGUAGCCUACUGACUGUAUUGUAUUGAUGUUUUGCUCUGCUGACUGAUGCGAAGUGCACUGUGACUGUGACUCAAGUGACUGUAGGCUGCUAUAAUUAUACUACUAACUAGAUCUAGGGCUGGGCUGUAGACCAACUGAACCUCUGCCUGACCCUGGAAAGUCACUAUGGAUGAUGAUGACGGAGCAAGCUUUGAAAAUGCAGGAAAGAGAGGAAGGCAGAAAGUCAAUAUCUUUGAUGACAAUAUUAGUUUGGACGCGGCUCGUACGAUCAUCAAAUCCUCACAAAUAGAAGAUGAAGAUGAGGAUGACGAGGAAAUUACUUUUGAUGGAAAACCUGUGGUCAAGUACACUGCUAAGAGCAGCAGCAAUGCCUCAAAGACUCCUAUGCCAGAUUUAUCCUCCCUGGCAGUGCCGGCUGUAUCCUCUACCUCCCGUACCUCAUCCAAUCCACCCACCACCAGCUCGUCCAUGUCCUCCUCAUCAAGCUUUGGGGGUGUCAACAGCGCUAUGACAUUUGGGCACAGCCGCUCUCAGAGUCUGACCCUGGGUUCCUCAGUAAAUAUUGAGCCCAGAGUUAUGAAACCUCAAUUUGUGCCCUCUCCAAUGAGCUCUACGACGAGUUUGGAAGAACUUGAUGACUUCUCCCAUGGAUCAAAACGUAAGCAGAUGUCUGCCUCAGAUAUUGACAAAAUGCAGCAAGAAAUCCAAUCAUUACGACGAUCCCUAUUGGGAGCCAAAAGGGAUAGAUGGGUCAAGCUCCCUGUGGAUGACACUCUAAGGAGGAUUAUGAAGGGAGAGGGCUAUUCUCUGGAGUUGUAUCGAUCUUUGGAAGACAAACUGGAGCUACUGGAUAAGGCUGUCAGGUUGCAUGAUGGGAAUGCAAUCACAGCAGCAGUGCUGUUCUUACAAAGCACUGUGACAAAGACAAUAUUCAACAGAGAACUCUUGUGCAGGCCUCAGGCAGCAGACCAUUACCUCAGUUACCUGAAAGCUCACUUUGAUUUUGCAGAAUACAUCAACGUUUUAGUAAUGUUAGGACGCACUGAAGAAGCUGCUGCCUUCAAGUUCAAGUUGGCUUUACCUACAACAGAUGUGGGAUUGAAAAUUUCCAAACUGAAAGACAGUUUAAGAAGUCACUUCUCUGCUGACCCGCACCUUUCUCAAGAAUCUUCUUUUGUACAAGAAUAUAUAGACCUUCUUGAACGGCAAAGACCAGUGGAUGAAUCGGAUGCAAAUCUAGAAGCCACUGGGCGCUCACAGAUGUUCAGAGACAUUCCUCGCAAGGUGUCCCUCAUUGGCAUGCCUGUUGUGACAACAUUGUACUAUUGCUGUCUAUAUCACUAUGACUUGUCUGAGAACUCUCUGGGCAGUCCUGCAGCUAUAAAGAAGAGACAUCAGAUUUCAGAUAAGCAAUACCUCUGGACUGCAAUAUCGGCAAGGGCUAAAGUCAGACAUUGGAAAGACAUUGAGAUAAUGUUGACCACUAAGGGCUGGUUUGGUGGCACUAAGAUGAAAAGUGUUAUAGGUUUUGACAAAAUUGUUAACAUUUUGCACCGAAACUCUGCACCCCCUGAGAUAUUAGAAAAGUACUUAAGUCUUAUUGAUGAUGUGGAAACCCGGAUAGAGUUGGCCAAAAAGGUGUCUUGCCAUAAAGCAAUCAUGGAUACUUACGUUGCAACAAAAAAUCGCCCAGAAUUGGAGGCAUACGCUACAAAAUUCGACAGAUACUCCAAGGAGGGUCUUUAUGCUCAUGACAUCUUGAAUAGCUCAACCAUUCGAUGGAAAUGAGGGAUGAUGCAGACUGCCUACCAGCGAGCCUUCAUUUUCCCCAAUAGAGAAUCCUGUGCAGUGUCUUUCAGUGAUACAAGUCAUCUCCAGGGUUUUUUUCCCUUCUCUCAUCAACGCCAUCUAGAAGACAAUGCAUGGGUUUUAUUCUCCGUAUUUGUACUGGACCCCACUGAAAUUACACACUGCUGUUUGGGAGUGCUGCUAAAACUCCUGAAAUGCUCCACUUGAAUACUGUUUUUUUUUUUUAUAAAGUGUUUUACGGCGCUCGCAACUGCAUAAGGUCAUAUGAGCGCGCGGGA